AUGGCGAAUUGUAUGACCAUAUUCCAAUUUCUUAUUCAUCUAAUCUUCCUGCAACUCAUCCUUGCACAUGCCCAACAACAGGAUGAUGAUCAAUCAGGAUUCAUAAGCUUAGAUUGUGGUCGGCCUAAUGGGUAUACAGAUAGAGAUACUGGAUUGAGAUAUAAUUCAGAUUAUGACUUCAUAGACUCUGGAGUAAGCCAUAUGAUCGCCCCAGAAUACCAAUCAAAGUUUUUGUAUCAACAGUUCCUGUAUGUUAGAAGCUUCCCCAAAGGAACUAGAAAUUGCUACACUUUAAAGGUACCACCUAAGGCCAAUGUUGGAUCAAGAUCAAAAUUCCUAAUAAGGGGGAGAUUCUUGUAUGCAAACUAUGACAACAAUCAUUCCCUCCCUAGUUUUGAUCUUCAGAUCGGGGUUGACCUUUGGGACAGGGUGCAAAUUUACAACGAAUCUGUUCCAAUAAGAAAGGAGAUCAUAUAUGUACCAAAGUCAGAUUUUAUUCAAGUUUGUCUCAUCAAUACCAACUCUGGAAUCCCUUUCAUAUCAGCUCUAGAGAUAAGGCCUCUGAAUAAUACCAUAUACAGAACAAAGUAUUCUUUGAACUAUUAUCAAAGAUGGGACUUGGCUUCAUCAACCAAUAGCUUGUAUAGGUAUAAAGAUGACGUCUAUGACCGCAUAUGGCUGCCAGUGGACCUGGAUGACAGCACUAGUACUCUAGCCACCACAUCGCGGAUCAUGCCUAGUGAAUACCAACUCCCUAACGUUGUGAUGAAUACGGCCAGCGUUCCCAAAAACCCAAAUGACUCCUUAGUUUUAACGUGGGAUUCCACGAAUAAUAUUACAGAUCAAUUCUAUAUUUACUUGCACUUUGCAGAGCUUACUCCCAAUUCAACACGAAUAUUUGACAUUUAUGUCAACGAAAAAUUAUUGUUUGGGCACUAUUCUCCUAAAUAUCUCCAUGCACAAACUACUACAGGACAAUUAGAUGUUAGUUCAACUUACAAGCUCUCUCUAAAUGCCACAAAGAAUUCUUUGCUUCCUCCACUCUUGAAUGCGAUCGAUCUCUACACAAUCAAGCAAACACUCAACUCUCAGACUAAUGAUCAAGACGGUAAGUAA